UUCAAAGAUGACCGUAUUGUGUUCUGGACUUGGAUGUUUUCAACAUAUUUUAUGGAGAAAUGGGCCCCCCGGCAAGAUGAUAUGCUCUUCUAUGUCCGUCGAAAACUGUCCUAUGUCAGUGGUGAUAGUACAGAGGGGAAAAAGCAGGUUGAAGUUGAAGUUUACCGGAGAGAUUCUAAGAAGCUUCCUGGCCUGGGAGACCCUGACAUUGACUGGGAAGAGAGCGUCUACUUAAACCUCAUUCUACAGAAGCUGGAUUAUGUGGUGACAUGUGCUGUGUGCACACGCUCCGAUGGAGGAGAUAUUCACAUUCACAAAAAGAAAUCUCAGCAAGUGUUUGCGUCUCCUAGCAAACACCCAAUGGACAGUAAAGGAGAGGAGUCAAAGAUCAGCUACCCCAACAUAUUCUUCAUGAUUGACAGUUUUGAAGAGGUUUUCAGUGACAUGACUGUGGGAGAAGGAGAAAUGGUCUGUGUGGAGCUGGUAGCCAGUGACAAAAGCAACACCUUCCAAGGGGUGAUUUUUCAGGGGUCCAUCCGCUAUGAAGCACUCAAGAAGGUCUAUGACAACAGGGUGAGUGUUGCAGCUAAGAUGGCUCAAAGAAUGUCUUUUGGCUUUUAUAAGUAUAACAACAUGGAGUUUGUCCGAAUGAAAGGGCCACAAGGGAAAGGACAUGCGGAAAUGGCAGUGAGUAGAGUUUCUACUGGUGACACUUCACCGUAUGGGACAGAAGAAGAUUCAAAUCCAGACUCCCCAGUGCAUGAGAGAGUCACUUCUUUCAGCACACCGCCAACCCCAGAACGCAACAAUCGCCCAUCCUUUUUCUCCCCAUCCCUCAAGAGAAAAGUGCCCCGAAAUCGAAUUGCUGAGAUGAAAAAAUCCCACUCAGCAAAUGACAGCGAGGAGUUUUUCAGAGAUGAUGGUGGUGGAGAUCUGCACAAUGCGACAAAUCUGAGGUCGCGGUCCUUAUCUGGAACAGGACGGUCUCUGGUGGGCUCGUGGCUGAAGCUGAACAGAACAGAUGAAAACUUUCUACUCUAUGCACACUUAACUUACAUCACUUUGCCAUUGCAUCGAAUUUUAACAGAUAUCCUGGAAGUGCGGCAGAAACCAAUUCUGAUGACAUAGCAGAGAGCGGGCACUGCCUUGGAGCCUUGUUGCCAAGUGUGCCUAACCACAGCGGUUUUCUGUGCUAACACUACCAUCUAGUGUCAGGAACAUAAACCUCCGCAGGAAAAAGGGAAGUCCAAGAAUACCAGCCGAUCAAAAGUGCCUCUUUCUUCCUUCCUCUGCUGUCAAACACCAUAUGCACACUUGCAGUACAUCGCUUGAGUGUUUCUGACUGGAAGAGGACUUUCAGCAAGAUAAAAUGAGAAGGGGCUGUCUUUAAAACGAGUCAACGCUUUAUGGACAGUUUGUUACUGUGUUUACUUUAUAACUAAGAAACCAACAAUAUGUACAAAAUGUGUUAAACUUUAUAUUCUUUGAGAGAAACAACCUGAGAAUUUCAUAAUGAUGUACUAAUGAACGUCGUUUCAUAGACUCUCGCCCAUACGCUCUCCUUGUCGGUUUGGCUUAAUGUGUGUGUGAGCGCGUGUGCGUGCAUGUGGGGAUUGAAGGGAUGGGAAAAUAAUUUCCUACUGAGGGAGGAAAAGGAAGAAAAUGCUACAAAGAUACAUCGCCAUUUUGGUACGUGCAGCGGGUCAGGGCAGAGCUUAAAAGAGGCUGAAAAUGUUCCCAUUUGUUCGUGUGUCAGUGUUAGGACAGGUGAACUCUGCUGACAGAUUUCCAUAUCUACCAAAGAACAGCAACAUUUUCAUCCUCAAGAACUGGCUAAGAAAAUGAGCCAGCGAAAAGAAAGCUAAAAAUGUGCUGCUAUAGUAAAGCCGAGGUUCAUAUCCAGUACUAAUGCUGCUUAUCUCUCUGUUAGCUGAGUCGAUACAAGUUUGAGUCUAAAGUGGAAAAACAGGAGGCCGUAAUCGGGCUCCAAAACCUAAAAACCUUACCACUAGCCAACAUCCUCCUGCAUGCACUGGACUUCAGAGUACGUAGAGUCGUCCUUGCAGUAGCGUUUGUAGCCAAGGAGGGCGUGAGAGAUGACUACUGGUCAGGCAGCUUGCCCAGAUUCUUCGUCUCCUGGUGGCGUUUUGCUGUACUGUUACAUGCCAAAGCACGGAGAGUUUUCUUGAAAGACAAAAGAUUGAAAUGUAAUUCUGCUCUGAAAAGUGACUAAAAAUUGCAUAGGGGGAGGUUUGAAAAUUGUGUGUCAGGAGCUCUCAGGAAAAAAGCCUUAUGUUUACAGGUAAAAUGCAGCUUUCUCUAAAUAGCAAAACUCUGCUGUCCUUGACAUUUGAAAGCUAAAUGACUGAAUACUGAGACUACUGCAGUCUGGUUCACUGUCUUGAUAUGGGAGCCAGUCGAUACUUCAGUUUAUUUAUGACUGCAUAACUGGCACAGCAAUGGGGGGGUAGCGUGUCACUUAGAGCAUGUGAGACUCCAGUACACGCAUAGAGGGAGAGCGAAGAUGCCAUUUUUGUCACUUUUCAGACUCUGAGCGCCUAAACUUAAUGCUGUUGCCACAGUUUCCAAAUGGCAUGUGCUCUGAGCCUGGACCUUUGUCUCCCUCAUACCCAGCCUUUCCCAAAGUGCUUUGUUGUUAUUCUCUCAAUAGCAUCUGGUGACUUAACCUCUCAAAUAGGACUUUCUGCUUUUUUUUCCUCAGUUCAGGUUCCAUGGGAAUAGCUCCACUUCAGCAUAAAGGUAGACUAACUUUAUCAUUCAACCCAACGUGGUGAAUCCAGCAUGGUAAGGAGGUCUUUUUUUAUUUGAGGCUAGGCCUGGAAGAAGUGAUGGCAUUAGUGCAGAGUGCUGCCGCUGUUAGAAAUGCCAUCAUGAGUGCAUGACAGGGACGGCUCACCAGUUUUUAGUUUACUUCAAAUGUGUUGCAACAGUGUCAGAAAAACAUUCACUUUGUCAUUACCAGCACAGCCACUUUUCAUGUUGCAGCCUUUGACCUUUGCUCCGUGGGAGCGUGUGGUUGUGCGUUGUGUGUAUGUGAGGGUGUUCGCAGUGUCUAAGCUGAGGCAUGUAACUUGGGUGCCUAGGCUUUCUUCCUGAGCUGGGGGAGAGGUGGAGUCCUAAAUCAGCAGCUGAAGUGCCCUCUCAAGGAACUUGCUAGGCAGCCGAGGUGCUUACCUGAGAUCCCUAGGUAGUUGUGCCUAAUGUCAGUCGGUACAAGUAUUCUCCCUAUGCCCAUGCUGAGAAUUAAAACGCUCUUCAGCUAGAAGACCAGUCUUACUCUGAAGCCUCUCAAGAUGCUCCUUAUUCUGCACGUUCAUACUGCUGGGCUGGGCAAAUCAGUGCUCGGUUUUCCUUUAAAUAGUCAUUGGGGAGGGAAGGGAGAGAGGGUUAAUAUUUGCACUACUAGUGACAAUUGAUACUUUUCAGUCAAACAGCCAGAGGAAUAACACGUGAAAGGGAAAUGUAUCCAGAUUGGAACCCGAGUGGUAGGUGCCUGAAUACUUCUCAGUCAACAGCAAUUUGUAAUGCUUUCUUGGUAUCACGUAUUACGUUUAGGUAGCUUAAUUUCAUGUGAUCUGAAAGACUGAACAAAUCUUGCUGCGUAAGAUUUCAGAGCAAACGAAGAAUGAUUCUAAAUUAGUACAUUAGUAUAAAGGCAGUGUUACAGAAAGUACAGUUCAGAUUCCACAGCUAUUAUGCAGGAGGUAUCAUCUGCUUUGUUACAUGUAUGUGGCUGGAUUUCAAUGUCUAGUUUUUGAAGGGCUGCAAUAUAAACACCCUGAAAAAAAAAGUCAGUUUAUUUCUUGUGUCUUGCUAGUGGAUAUGUUAUAGGUACAUUGAAGACUCACCUUUUUUAGUAGAAAAGGACUACAGGUAUGCCCAGAUGGACGUCCAUAGAAAACAGAGGUCAAAAAGUCUACUGAAUGUCAAUAGUGCUUUUCAGAAACAAGUAGAUGUGGCAGAUUCCCAGUUAUUCCUUCUCUAAACAACUGACUUAGACUUCUUAUGUAUGGCCCCUGGUUCCCAUUUUCUGUUAUCAAGUGGGGGAAAACAAAUUCUGCAUUUUGUUCUGCUUUUAAACAAACCCUGAAAAUCGUAAUUUGUUGUCCUUGUAUAGACAGAUUGACAGGGAAAGAUGAUCAAAGUUUUGCUUGGGUCAAGAUGGCACAGCUGGGCCCUUAGCAUGCUAUUGCUCUAUACCAAAAAAGAAAGGGAAUGUUAAUAGGAACCUCUCACCCUUUUAAUUUGGAGGGGUUUUUAAUUCUGUAGCUCCUAAGCAGUAAACCAUUUUGAGCUUCUGUUGGCCAUUGAAAUAAUUGCUGAGGAAUGAACUGGCGUGUUCUGCAUGCCAUAAAGGCUGUAUGGCUGUCGAUGUCUUAACUGUUGGAGCACAGUGGUUUUCAUCAGUUGUUAUGUUGAUGCUUGAGAAUGCAGCACGGUUAACAAAUUUGGGAAGCUUUGCAGAAGAGCUUUAUUUAUUUACAGAAUCCCACCAUACCUCAUUACUCAGUUAACUUCUUCCAUCCUUCUGCCCGUUCACUCCCUCUGGAGAUCGAGGCUUACGCUUGAACUCUCCAUAGAUGAUGUAUAUUGAUAGAUGUCAAAUGCAAGGUUGUAAACCUUUUUGCCCUUAACAGGUUUUUCACUGCUAUCAGUUUAACAAGUAAAAAGCCUUUGCUUUUUAAGAAAGCUCUUAAAUAAAUUAUUUUGUAUUAGCAGAUUAUUGCUCUGCCUUAGAGACCACCGUGUAUGUGAAAUCGCGUUCUCUCAUUGCCAGCCAGUACAAGACGGGUUCCAAGUCUCCUUGUAAAAGAAGCAGCCAUUUUUAGAAACGCCACAAAUCUUUCGGCUGUCUUGGCUAAUCCAGUUUGUGUGGGUUCAUGUUCCUUCUCUUUUUGUUCUCCUGGUCUUCAUCAUUUACAAGGCUUGAGCAUGUUGGGCUCUGGAUUGCUGUUACUCAGUUUUUCAUUUCUGGGCACGGUGUGCUUUCCUGAAAAGAGAAUUGUUUGCAUGGGUGACUUUUCACAGUAAAAUGGUUUUCCCAAAGUAUAUUCUUACACCAAAUUUUAAUUUAAACAGUGAAGUCCUUGGCUCUGCAGACAGGUUUCUUCUGGCAGACCCUCGUGUACAGAAUCCCAUCUGGUCACUGAGGUUCUGUAUGGAUGUGAAGUCCACAUAAAUAGUCUCCACUUUUAGACUAUUGACCUGCUUCUUGCCAAUCAUUAAUUUUUCCCUUUCCAGAUGAUUGCUUGUCCUGUAUUUUGUAGUCUAAAGCUUCCCCUUAUUAAAGAUAGCUAUAAGAUAAAAUCUUAAGAAGUGCCUAAGCCCUGUUGUUAUCCAGUGGGGUUUAAGAACAAAUUUUUAUUUAGGAAAUGAGUAAAGCAGUCUUAAAUUCUAUCUAUGGUGUGUGUAGCAGCGUCAAGAAAUGACAAGUUUAUAGUUCUCGGAAGAACUGGCUGUCUCCUACAGACUCGCCCUUCGUGUUUGAAAGACUCUAAUGGUCUCCUAAGGUCGUGGCUGAAAGCUCUGGAAAAUGGAUUUCUUGUCAUCACAGCAGUCAGAUAUCUGCGAAUGCCUUAUCUUGUUUUGUGAGGUAUGACUGGAAGUGUGUGGUGCUGGUGUGUAGAAAUUCUGUGUCAAAAAUAGGUGCGGUAGAAUCCAAUUAAAGGCAUUGUGAAAUAAGUAGCUUUUACACCGAACCUUAAAUGAAAGAGUAUUUUACACCAGAAUGUAGCUGUUUGGAUGCUUGGUCAAGAUAAUACAAGGCUGCAAGCAGGUUACAAUGUUGAACGUUCUCUGUGUAAAUAUAUAAAUAUUCUCAGCCUAAUUUUAUCAGACUAACACAUGUUGCAUGGUUUGGGCUUUUUUUGCCUCAUGGAUCAUCAGUGUUGAUUAAAAGAUGAUGGGUUGAAAAUCAUGCUGGCGCUGUACUGAGCCCUUUGAACAAAGAGCAAGGAGAACCUUUGUGCACCAGAAAUGGAGAUGACUUUGCGUAUGGCAGCAGUGCAGAAAGUGUUGGACCCUGCGGCCAAUAAACAGACCUCUUAAACUACC